GUUACGACUGUCAACGCAAGAACGCGGCGUUUGUGUGUAUGCGGGGGUUGUGUUCAGCGAGGCGUCGACGCUCUCUGAUGCGUGUUGUUGUCUACAGUUUUAUUCUAUUCUUUUGCGAAACGAGGAAAAUUUAGGUAAAAGGGAAAUGGCAAAUUUGACGAAGGCGAACCUCGUCGAAGCGCUUCACCAGAGAGGCGUGUCAGUGCCAUCCGGCUCGCCGAAGAAAGAACUCCUCGUGAAGUUGUACCGGCAGCACGUUUUAAACGACGGUCGCUUCACAUCGGGCGACUAUUCGAGCGACGAGGACGUGCGAGAUACUUCCAAGGAACACAACGACAGCUUCACGCUCCCGAAGGUGUCCGACAGCGUCGCGUCGCUUUCAGACGACGCCUUGUUUGCCAAGCUCCGCGACUUGGGCUUCCAGGCGGGCCCUGUUGUAGCCUCGACUCGGAGCCUGUACGAGAGGCAGCUUCAGCAGCUGCUUAACAACGGCAGCGUCCCGACCACUCCAUCCGCCCCAACCGACCAGUUCGCUGCCGAGUUCUCUGCCACAGAGGAGGAGGAGGAAGAAGAGCCUCAAGUCAUCCCCGAGGACAACUCUGACGAAGAGGACGGUGGUACGCCCCUGCAGAAGGGACCCACGACCUUCUCCUUUCUAAGUGCCCAGAGUGUCCGCUUCAACCUGAGCAACAGCAACUCCCCCGUCGUGAACGAGGUCGUGCAGCCGAGUCGGCGUUCGUUCACCUACAGCACCCGCAGCAGCAGCCUUCCUCAGGCCGGUUCACCUGUCCAGAUGACGCUGCGUUCCAGAGUGGGAACACGUGGAGAGGACAUGGCGGGCCACAGUGCGGCCACCACACCGGCUGUUGGCAAGCAGCGGCGCAUGUCAAUGGCAGUCAAGGUGCUCAUCGUGCUGGCGGUGAUCACCGUGAACGUGCUCAUCUACGCUAACCUAGAAUACUUCAAGGGCAGCGAUUCCGCCAUGCCGGUUCCGUCCGUCCUGGAAGACUGACCUCGUGCCUGUUUUGUUUUUUUUUUCCCUCAAAGGCUUGGUUUGCUGGCAAGCAGUGCGUGAUCGGUCAUCUGUCUAAUUUGGGUGCAGACGGAAGACCACGGAGGAGACAAUCCACCACUUUUGUAACAAGCCUUGCUUUUUUUUUUUUUUUUUUAGUUUAGGUUUGUUGUUUGUGGUUUUUACCUAAGGUGGCCCCUUCACCCGGUUUAGUUUAGGCAAACUGAGUAGCUGUGGCUGUUCCUUUAAGAUGUAGAUUUUUUUUCUUUUGUUUAAUGUUGUUGACCUCUUUCGCUUUCUGUAGAAUGUUGCCGCUGCCCACUUAUGUCGCUCGCUUUAGCUACCUGGAACAGAAAAGUGUGCAAUCAUUUUUUAAGUAGUUUACCAGCACAGCUCAAAAUCCUCAUUAAUUUUUUGUUAACUGAGGUUAUUAGCGGCAUCUUUUCGUUUCAAAGUUUUUUUGUCAUUGCUACAUCCUUGCAUUAUGAGCAUGAAUUUCUGAAGCUGGAACAGAUUCAGAAGUUAAUUUCCACAAUGUAAGGGUGUGGUAACACAGGCCACCUAACAAGAGGAAAAUUUGCGUGCUUUGGUGUUUUCUACUUCCUCGCAUAUCAGCCUCACUUUCCGAUUGUCUCGCAUGGAAUAAUUGAAUAAAAAUUAAUUCUGUUUUUAGAA